AUGCCGCAACAAUUGAGCUCCAAAGACGCCUCCCUGUUUCGCCAGGUGGUUCGCCAUUAUGAGAACAAGCAACACAAGAAGGGUGUCAAGAUUGCCGAUCAGAUCCUCAAGAAGAACCCGAAACAUGGCGACACCCUGGCUAUGAAGGCCCUGAUCAUCAGCCAACAAGGUCAACAGGAGGAGGCAUUCGUGCUGGCCAAGGAAGCCCUGAAGAACGACAUGAGGUCGCAUAUCUGUUGGCACGUCUACGGCCUGCUGUACCGCGCUGAGAAGAACUACGAGGAGGCGAUCAAGGCCUAUCGGUUCGCUCUGCGCAUUGAGCCAGAUUCUCCCGCCAUCCAGCGGGAUCUGGCGCUGCUCCAGAUGCAGAUGCGCGACUACCAGGGAUACAUCCAGAGCCGCACCGCCAUGCUGCAGGCUCGUCCCGGAUUCCGACAGAACUGGACCGCCCUCGCGAUCGCACACCAUCUAUCGGGAGAUCUGGAGGAAGCCGAGAAGGUGUUGACGACGUACGAAGAGACCCUGAAAUCGCCGCCGCCAAUUUCGGACAUGGAGCACUCCGAGGCUGUAUUAUAUAAGAAUAUGAUCAUGGCGGAGGCUGGAAAGCUGGACAAGGCCCUGGAACACCUCGAGAAGGUCGGACACAGAUGCACGGACGUGCUGGCAGUGAUGGAGAUGAAAGCGGACUAUUCGCUGCGGUUGGGAAAGCUCGCGGAGGCGGAGGCCGCCUACACGGCCCUCUUGGACCGGAACCCGGAGAACUCGAUUUACUACGACGCUCUGAUCAAGGCCAAGGGUAUUCCGGAGAACGACCACAAGGCCCUGAAGGCCGUGUAUGAUUCGUGGGUGGAGAAGUGUCCACGAGGAGACGCCCCUCGUCGGAUUCCGUUGGACUUCCUGGAAGGGGAGGACUUCAAGCAGGCAGCCGACGCUUACCUGCAGCGCAUGCUGAAGAAGGGCGUUCCCUCCCUCUUCGCGAACAUCAAAUCCCUGUACACGAACACGAGCAAACGGGACACUGUGCAAGAUCUCGUGGAAGGCUAUGUUUCCGGAAAGGUCCCCACUGAGAACGGUUCUGCCGAAGGCCAGGCCAACGGCGAUAACAACGAGUUCCUCGCAUCCUCCCACUAUUUCCUCGCCCAACACUACAACUACCACCUCAGCCGCGACCUGGCCAAGGCUAUGGAAAACGUCGACAAGGCCAUCAAGCUGUCUCCCAAGGCUGUGGAAUACCAGAUGACCAAGGCGAGAAUAUGGAAGCACUACGGCAAUCUCCAAAAAGCGGCCGAGGCCAUGGAGGAGGCGCGCAAUCUGGACGUGAAGGACCGGUACAUCAACUCCAAGGCCGCCAAGUACCAGCUCCGCAACGAUGAGAAUGACAAGGCUCUCGAUAACAUGAGCAAGUUCACCCGAAAUGAGACCGUGGGUGGCGCGUUGGGCGAUCUCCACGAGAUGCAGUGUGUCUGGUACCUGACCGAAGAUGGCGAGUCCUACCUGCGCCAGAAGAAGCUGGGCCUCGCGCUCAAGCGUUUCCACGCAGUCUACAACAUUUUCGACACUUGGCAGGAGGACCAGUUCGACUUCCACAGCUUCUCGCUCCGUAAGGGCAUGAUCCGCGCAUAUGUCGACAUGGUCCGUUGGGAGGAUCGUCUGCGCGAGCAUCCAUUCUACGCUAGAAUGGCGCUGUCGGCCAUCAGGGCAUACCUUCUUCUCAACGAUCAGCCCGACUUGGCCCAUGGCCCCCUGUCCACCAACGGUGCAAGUGACAUUGCCGACGAGGCUGAGCGAAAGAAGGCCCUCAAGAAGGCUAAGAAGGAGCAGCAACGGCUGGAAAAGCUCGAAGCCGAGAAGCGGGAGGCAAGAAAGGCCGCCAGCGCUACGGCCAAGGGUGCCGAUGGUGAGGUGAAGAAGGAAGAUCCUGACCCGCUGGGCACCAAGCUUGUCCAGACGCAGGAGCCUCUGAAGGAGGCGACAAAAUUCCUCACUCCUCUCCUCGAGUUCAGCCCGCAGAACAUCGAAGCCCAAUGUCUUGGAUUCGAGGUCUACCUUAAAAGAAACAAGCAUGCGCUUGCGCUUAAGUGUCUCUCGGCCGCCCACGCCAUCGACGCUUCCCACCCGACCCUCCAUGUUCAGCUACUUCGCUUCCGCAAGGCCCUCGACAGCCUCUCGGAACCCCUUCCUCCCCAGGUGGCCGAGGUCGUCAAUGCUGAGUUUGAAACUCUUCUCCCGAAGGCUCAGAAGCUUGAUGAGUGGAACGAGUCCUUCCUCUCCACGCACAAGAGCAGUGUUGCGCACACGCAGGCUGGUCUGACGUGCCGGCAGAUCCUGAACCCGGAGUCCAAGCCACAGUGCGAGAAGGACCUCAUCGCAACCCUUGACUCCAGCGAAAUCUCUAUGGAGACGGCCCUUGCCGGUCUGGAGCUCCUGAGCCAGUGGGGAAGCGACCAGGCCGCCAAGUCCGCAUACGCUCAAAAGGCCAGUAGCAAGUGGCCCGAGUCGACAGUCUUCAACCUGAACUGA